AUGGAGGGGGCGCUGACCGCCCGGGACAAAGUCGGGGUGCAGGAUUUCGUGCUGCUGGACGCCUACACCAGCGAGUCUGCCUUUGUGGACAACCUUCGCAAGCGUUUCAGCGAGAACCUCAUCUACACGUACAUCGGGACGCUCCUCGUGUCGGUGAAUCCAUACCAGGAGCUGGGGAUCUACACUGUGAGCCAGAUGCAGCUCUACCAAGGGGUCAAUUUCUUUGAACUGCCACCACACGUCUACGCCAUCGCGGACAACGCUUACCGCACCAUGUGCUCGGAGCUCAGCAACCACUUCAUUCUCAUCUCUGGAGAGAGCGGGGCGGGGAAGACCGAGGCCUCUAAGAAAACGCAAGAAUUCCCCCGCAACCGCCCAAAGACCGAGUCCCUGCAGAUAGCCCGCGACAGGCUCCUGCUCUCCAACCCCGUGCUGGAGGCUUUUGGAAAUGCCAAAACACUCCGGAAUGACAACUCGAGCAGAUUCGGCAAAUACAUGGACAUACAGUUCGACUCUCAGGGCGUUCCCGUGGGCGGGCACAUCAUCAGUUACCUGAUAGAGAAGUCUCGCGUGGUCUACCAGAGCCAGGGCGAGCGGAACUUCCACGUCUUCUACCAGAUGCUGGCGGGUGGAGAGGAGGAGCUCCUGGCCAGCCUGGGGCUCCAGCCAGACCCCCGGCUCUAUAAAUACCUCUCUCAGGGUCAUUGCUGCAAAGAGUCAUCUAUCAAUGACAAGAAUGACUGGAAGACUGUUUGCAAUGCCUUCUCCAUCAUUGACUUCACGCACUCUGACCUGGAGAACCUCUUUGGAAUUAUCGCCAGUGUGCUGCACCUGGGGAACAUCUGCUUUGAAGAAGACGAGCGCGGCUGUGCCAUGGUCCCGGUCAACCGUGAGAUUAAAUGGAUUGCCAAGCUCCUGGGGUUCUGCCCAUCGAUUCUUCUGGAAGCUCUCACACACAGAAAGAUUGAAGCCAAAACGGAGGAGGUGAUCUGUCCGCUGACCGUAGAACUCUCCGUCUAUGCCCGAGACGCCUUGGCAAAGGCUGUUUAUGGACGGACGUUUACCUGGCUGGUCAACAAAAUCAAUUCGUCCUUAGUGAACAAGGAUCUCGCUCAGAAAACGGUGAUCGGGUUGCUGGACAUCUAUGGUUUCGAAGUCUUGGACAAGAAUGGUUUUGAACAGUUCUGUAUAAAUUACUGCAAUGAGAAGCUCCAGCAGCUGCUGAUAGAGAGGACGCUGACGGCAGAGCAGGCAGAGUAUGAAGCGGAAGGCAUCCAGUGGGAGCCCAUUCAGUAUUUCAACAACAAGAUCAUCUGUGACUUGGUGGAAGAGAGGCACAGAGGAAUCAUAUCCAUUCUGGAUGAGGAGUGCAUCCGCCCUGGCCCCGCCACAGACUUGAGUUUCCUAGAGAAACUGGAAGAAAAAGUGGGCAAGCAUGCACACUUCCAAACCCGGAAGCUGGCAGGGCCGCAGGCCCGGAAGAGGAUCGGCUGGAUGGAGUUCCGGCUCCUGCACUAUGCGGGCGACGUCACCUACUGCACCCAGGGAUUCUUGGAAAAGAACAAUGAUCUCCUUUAUACACAUCUGAAAGAAGUUCUGUGCAGGUCCAAGAACAGCAUUGUGAAGGAAUGCUUCCUGGUGGCUGAGCUCCGGAGCCGGCGGCGCCCUCCAACGGUGGGAACGCAGUUUAAGAACAGUCUGAGCAGCCUUCUAGAAAUUCUCAUCUCCAAGGAGCCUUCAUACAUACGCUGCAUCAAGCCCAACGAGCGGAAAGAACCCAGCAAGUUUGACGACCUCCUCAUACGACAUCAGAUCAAGUACCUGGGGCUGAUGGAGCACCUGCGGGUGAGGAGGGCCGGCUUCGCCUACCGCCGCAAGUACGAGCACUUCCUGCAAAGGUACAAGUCCUUGUGUCCGGAAACAUGGCCGCACUGGCACGGGCCUCCGGGAGAGGGCGUGGAACGGCUGAUCAAGUACAUCGGCUACAAGCCGGAGGAGUACAAGCUGGGGAAAACUAAAAUAUUCAUUCGCUUCCCAAGAACUCUGUUUGCUACUGAAGAUGCCUUUGAAUUUAGUAAACAUCAAUUAGUUGCAAGGAUCCAGGCCACGUACAGAGGCUGCCGGGCACGGAGGGAAUACCUCAGGAAAAGGCGAGCAGCCACCACACUGGAAGCCUACUGGCGGGGAGCCCUGGCUCGGAGGGAGAUCAAGAGGAGAAGGUGGGCCGUGCAGGUGGUAAGAAGGUUCAUCAAGGGAUUCAUCCACCGUGACAAACCGCUCGGUCCUGACAACGAGGAGUUUAUCAUGUUCAUGCGCAAGAAUUACAUCUUGAAGCUGCGGUACCACGUCCCGACAAGCGUGCUGGACAAGAGCUGGCUGCGGCCCCCGGGCAGCCUGGAGAGCGCUUCCAAUCUGCUCCGGACCAUGUGCGUGAGGAACCUGGUUCGCAAGUACUGCCGCGGGCUGACAGCUGAGCGGAAAGCCAUGAUGCAGCAAAAGGUGGUUACAAGCGACAUCUUUGGGGGAAAGAAGGAAGGCUACGCAGAAAGUUUAAAGCAACCCUUCGCCAGCAGUCGCAUAGAUGAAGCAGACAUCAAUCCUAAAGUGCUUCAACUCAUUGGCAGUGAGAGAAUCCAGUACGCUGUGCCGGUCAUCAAGUAUGACAGGAAAGGCUUCAAGGCCCGGCAGAGGCAACUCAUCCUCACCCAGAAAGCGGCUUACGUGGUUGAACUUGCCAAGAUCAAACAGAAAAUAGACUACUCAGCCCUCAAAGGCGUCUCCACCAGCAAUCUGAGUGAUGGGAUCUUAGUCAUUCACGUCUUCCCUGAGGACCACAAGCAAAAGGGAGACGCCGUGCUACAGUGUGAGCACGUGUUUGAAGCAGUCACCAAACUCACCAUGCUGCUCAAGGACGAUGUCGUCAAGGUGGUGCAAGGCAGUUUACAGUUUUACAUCAGUCCUGGGAAAGAAGGUACGAUCGUUUUCGACACUGGGCCAGAAGAACAAGUGUAUAAAGACAAAAACGGGCAGUUAACAGUGGUGUCAGUGCGGAGGAAGUCUUGA